AUGGGGGAGUGGCAUAAGAUCUUCCGCCAAAGCCUAACCGUGCCUCCCCGUAACGUCCGGAGGCCGAAUUUGCCACUCCAGCGAUCGGUGCCAUUUCAGUGCGUCUUGAAGAGCGUGCACGGGAGUGCCUUGAAACAAAAAGUGCUUGAAAACAUGGUGGAGGUAGCCUUCCAGCUGCGCCUUUCGCUCUUCGACGUGGCCUACCGCCAGUUCUUUGGCAGGACCUGGAGAAGCACCCCAAGGCCUCUGAAAUCCGUCCCAGGGCAGCCACCCUCCGUGGUCUUCAACGAGACGGUGUAUUUCCACACGUCUUUGGGUCACCCGGGCGUCUUGAUGGUGCUAGAGGUCGUGGCGACCGCCAAGGGGCAGGGCGCGGCCCCCCAGGAACUCGGCUGCGGCUUCGGGCUCCUCCGGUUGUUUAACGGCAAAUCCGAGCCGGUGAUUUGGAACUCGACGGGCAAAGGGCUGGCUUUGUAUCAGGGGACCCCCCGCGCCCUCCUGCACCCGCUGCUCCUGGAGCCCAUCGAGAAAAACAAGUACCUGGCAGUGAUGGAAAACAGCCACCUGCAGUGCACCCUGCAGCUCCACCCACCCUUGGAGGUCAUCUACCACCUCCUGCCUGAGAACACCCCCGUGUCCCGUGGGGAGAGGGUCCCUGGGGUCUUAGCAGCACCUGAAGGAGACUUUUUGCAGAAGCCCCGACUCAUGAAGACGCAGACCUGGUACCUGGACAGGCUGGCCGUCCACCUGUAUCCUUCCCUGGAGAGGUUUGAGGAGGAGCUCCUGAGCCUGCUGAUGAACGAGCAGGCGAAUUCGAUCCUGGAUGGGACCUCCCUCGCGAUCCAGGAGCGCCGGCUACACAUUGGCGUCCACAACGGGUUGUGCUUCGUGCAGCCCCCCCAGGUGGUGGUGGUGGUCCCCGUGGCAUUGCCAGAGGCCGACAGAGCUCGCGGAAGCGCCGACAGCGUGCGCCGGAAACAAGGAAGUCCCUUCAAGGGCAGUGCCGAGGGACAAGCUCUCAUCCUGCGAAGCCGCAUCCACCUGGCUGAGAUGGUGCCUCACCCGGCAUUUGGAGUGGUCUUCCUGUUGGAAUAUGUCUUCUCUGUUGCAAGUGGACCUGAUGGGAAGACACCCUCCAUGACCUCCUUGACGGCUGCAGCCUACAUGCACUCGGUCCGCUGGGCCCUUUGGCAGCCUGUUCUGGAUGCGAAUGCCGAGGACGUGGUCCUUCCCUUGCGAGGCGGAGCCCAGCUGAACCCCCACCACGUCCUGGUUUAUAAGACCCCUCCGGACACCAUGAGCUCCGAGGAGGUGAAGCAGGUCGAAUCGGGCAUCCUGGCGUUUCAGUUCUCCACCAGCUCCGAGGAACGACUGGGAACGGCCGCCAAGCCUCCGGGCGUCAAGAGAAGAACGAAGCUGCCAUCGGUCCGAUCGCCCGGUUCACCUCCUUCCGUCCAGAUGUUGGUUUCUACUCAGGAUUAUACGCAGGGCCCCGGGCUGUCGAUGUCCGAAUUGUCGGCGUCCCCGAUAAAGAGGACCGUCCAGACUUUGCGGCAGCCGGUCAGCGAUGCUGAGCCGUCCCAGGACAGUCUUCAGCCGGCCGGAGAGCCGGAGCGGAGCCAAGCCGGCAUCGCUCACCUGGAGUCCGACUUGAGCUGCGGCCCCCAACUCGAGGAUUCGUCCCUGGUGGACCAGCUGCAGGAGCUGCCCUUCACGCCGGUCCACGUGCCCAUCCUGGCCCUCGGAGGAGAUUCAGAAUCCCCUUCCUUCCCCAGCCCGAACACUGGCCCCACCCGGGCCUCGCUUGCCCGCCUGCGCACGGCCGGAUUCCCGGAGCUUCUGGAUUGCAACAAGGAGCCGGUGGAGAUGCUGGAUCCCAGUGAUCCCACCCCCUGCAGCCCCCAGCAGGAAGGAGCCGACCUCCUGCCCGACCACGAGAUCCACCUGCAGUUCCUGGCCUUGAGCAGGCCUGCCCAGGACAGCCCUGCCACCUGGCCCCACAGCGUCUACUUCACCCUCCAGUUUUACCGCUUCCCCCCGGUCACCACGCCACGGCUGCAGCUGGUCCAGACUCAGGCCUGUGGGCCAGCGACCCACAUCCUGGCGCAAAUCAACCCGGACGGGAGCCCCAAUCUCGCGCCCCCUGGCUUCCACCUGAAGUACGCGGUGGACGUGGCCUCCCUCAAGCCAGGAGAGCCGCGCUGGUUCCUCCACUACCUAGCCCAGCAUUCCCUGCAGAUCGACGUCUGGGACGGGGACUCGCUGCUUCUGCUGGGAUCGGCUGCCGUCAAGCUCAAGCACCUGCUCCGCCGAGGCCGUCCGGCCGUCCAGGUCUGCCACGAGUUGGAGGUGCUGACCGUGGAGUACAAGCCGGACGUGAGCCUGCUGAGCGGCCAGGGCUUCCGGCCUUGGGGGGUCAAGCCCAUCGGGGUCCAGGCGGUCCUGCGGGCUCAGCUCCACCUCCGCCUGGCCAACAUCGGCCACCGGAGCGAACGGGGGCUGCGGAGGUCGCACUCCUUACCCCCCUCCUGUAGACGGGUCAUCUCCUCACAGGACGGGGCCAGAGGCUUCCCUGGUGGCAGUUUGGUCUCCAUCAACCCUCACAGGGUCGGAAACGUGUGCCAAGCCAAAAAACUGGCCGAGGUGGACAGUGAGCUGGCCGCUCUCCUUUUUUCCCACUUGCGGGAAGUCAGCGCCGCCUUGCAGCCCGCCAACCAGGAAGGCGGCCUCACCCGACGCCGAAAGUUGGAGAGGAUGCUUUCAGUCCGGAGGAAGGAAUCCCAGGAGGGCGACAUUGGGAGGAAAAGCAGCUUCGUCUUGGGGCACCACGAAGACCGGGUUCAGCACUCCCGAGACCUCCAGCUGAUCGAGGCGUACCGGGAGCGCAUCAAAGCCGAGAGCAUCACCUCCAUGCUCUGCCAAGCCAUCACCACCCACCACACCGUCUACGCCACGUUGGGCACGGCCGAGUUCUUUGAGUUCGCCCUGAAGAAUCCCUACAGCGUCCAGCACACGGUGACCAUCAGGAUAGACAACCCGGAGCUCAGCGUCAUCUUGGACGUCAGAGAGUGGAGGCGUUUUAAAGAACUGACCCAAACGGUCACACCAUUGGAGGAGGACAUGUUUCAUCUUCACAACGGCCUCACCCCUCAGGUCUACCUCCGUCCCAAGGAGACGGUCUACAUCCCCUUCAAGUACCAGACCUUCUCCACGGAGCAGGCAGCCAUGAUGCAGGUAGGAAAGUCCUCGCCCCUUGCUUUUUCCACACAGGGAGUCCUUGAAUUACAUCUGUUCGUGUCCUUCACGGUGGGCAGCGGCAAGCCCCUCGCCAUCCUGACCGUCAGCGUGGAAUCCCAGCCCCACGCCGUGGAUCAGACCUUCCGCUUCUACCACCCGGAGCUGACCUUCCUGAAGAAAUCCAUCCGCCUGCCUCCGUGGCACACGCUCCCAGGGGCUCCUGUAGGUGUUCCUGGGGGAGACCCUGAGAUGUUUGUCCGCUGCAGUGAUCCCAACGUCAUCUGUGAGACCAAGAAGAUGGGACCCGGAGAACCCCAGGACAUCUUUCUGAAGGUUGCUGCGGGUUCAAGUCCCCAAAUCCAGAGAUUCUUCGUGUUGAUUUACACAGACCCCUGGCUGGCCGCCCCCAUCCAGGUCUGGCAGUUCUACCUCCACUGCCUGCAGUGGGUCGAGGCCAGCUGCGUCCUGGGUCAGCUGACCCGGCUUUCCUUGGUGCUCCGGGGGACCCACACCCUCCGUAAGGUGAAGGCCUUCACCUCCCACCCCCACGAGAUGAAGCUGGAACCGGACGGGGUCUUCGUCCUGCCGGCCAACGGGGUCCAGGACCUGCACCUCGGACUGCAGCCACAGAGCGCCGGCAGCCGCUUCAUCUACCUCAACCUGGUGGACGUUGAGUUCCACCAGCUGGUCUCCACCUGGCUGGUCUCCAUGUCCUGCAGGCAGCCCUUCAUCUCCAAGGCGUUCGAAAUCCUGCUGCCUUCCGGGGGAGGGAAAGGGUCCAACAAGAAGAUCACCUACAGCAACUCCUACCCCUCUCGGCGGGCCUAUUUCCUGCACACCAACCAUCCGGAUUUGCUGCAUUUUAAGGAGGACUCCUUCGAGGUGGGCGGAGGGGAGACCUACACCAUCGGCUUGAGGUUCGCCCCCAGCCAAAACGCCGGUGAAGAGGAAAUUCUGAUUUAUAUCAACGACGCCGAAGGGAAGAACGAGGAGACAUUUUGUGUGAAGGUCACCUACCAGUAAUGGGGUGUCGGGUCGGUACCCCUUAUCAAAUUCAAUCCCCCUUUAUUUCCCUUCUCGUCCUCGUACCCCCGAACGGUCUACGAAGACCCCCUCAAAUCCAAAUCCUCGGGGUGCCCCUUUGUGCCUUUUAUACCCAUCGGCUUCUCCAGGGGUGUCGAGUUUUCAAGCACAAACUCAGUUUUUUUCCCCUUUCCUGCUGGUUCUGCUCUGAAUUCACUUCCUGGGGUGCAAGUAGCUGGUACCCCACUAAGCGUUUUGGGUGACCCCAUCAAAGACAAAAAAAAAAAAAGGAACACACGUUAAAAACCUGGAAAAAUUUGUCUGCACCAGGA